AUUCUCUCAAGUCUCAACCUUAUAAUUAUUAAUCACUCCUAUCUCUCCCUCUUCAAUGGAGUUCUCCCCUCUUCUAUCAUGGCUUCUCAAUCCAAUAAAUACCAACAACACCUUUUACUACAUCUUCUUUUUCUCCUCUACAAUAUCCUUCUCUCUUUUCUCAUACUUCCUAUUCGCUAAAAAAUUCAUGAACCACAUAUUCCCUUCAUGUAAGUGUGAGAUUUGCCAAUCUUUCAUAACCUCAAGUUGGAGAGAAAAAUUCACAAAUCUCCCUGAUUGGUAUACAUAUCUUUUAACCAAUUCUCCUACAAAAACAAUCCAUAUUCAUAUUCUAAAUAAUACCAUUAUUGCCAAUCCUAAAAAUGUUGAGUACAUUCUUAGAACCAAUUUUGAUAACUAUCCCAAAGGCAAGGCCAUGUCAACCAUCCUAGGGGACUUGUUAGGCCAAGGGAUUUUCGUCGUUGACGGCGAGCAUUGGAGGUUCCAAAGAAAACUAGCUAGUCUUGAGCUAGGCUCGGUCAGUGUCCGAGCCUAUGCUCAAGAAGUCGUAGGUAAGGAGAUAAAGGAUCACCUUGUCCCAAAUUUAAUGACCAAGUCUUUAAUAGACUUGGCGGAUGUAUUUAAACGAUUCUCUUUUGUUAAUGUUUGCAAAUUUACUUUUGGGAUUGAUGACCCGUUGGACCUAGCCCGGCUUGCUGAGGCUUUUGAUGUGUCUUCGAGGUUAUCUGCGGAACGGGCCUUGAGCCCUUCUUGGCUAGUUUGGAAGUACAAGAGGUUUUUUAACAUUGGGCCCGAAAAAAAGCUUAAAGAUGCUAUUAGAAAAGUCAACGUUCUUGCGGAGAAUAUUAUGAAAGAGAGGAGAAAAAAGGGUUUCCAUAAAAGUGAUUUAUUAUCAAGAUUUAUGGGAAGUUUAUCGGAUGAUAAGUAUGUAAGAGAUAUUGUUGUUAGUUUUCUCUUAGCGGGCCGAGAUACGGUUGCUUCGGGCCUUACAAUGUUUUUCUAUCUUAUGGCCCGAAACCCACUAGCUGAGGCCCGGAUACUUGAUGAGAUUAACCGGGUCAUGAGUGGGUCCACUUCGAGAAUUGCAAUUCCCACUAUUGAGGAAAUGAAGGAAAUGCAUUAUCUUCAAGCGGCUCUUCAUGAGACAUUGAGAUUGUACCCACCGGUACAAAUGGAUUCCAAGUUUGCAAAAAAUGAGGAUGUUUUACCCGACGGGACACGUGUGAAGAAGGGUACUCGGGUUGCGUACCACCCAUAUGCAAUGGGCAGGAUGGAGAAUCUUUGGGGCCCGAAUUGUUUAGAGUUUAAGCCCGAAAGAUGGUUAGAUAACCGCGGAGUAUUCAUACCCGAAAACCCUUACAAAUACCCGAUUUUUCAAGCCGGGGUAAGGGUAUGUUUGGGUAGGGACAUGGCCCUAUUGUCCAUGAAAGUUGUUGCUGUUGCUCUAAUGAGACGAUUUCAUAUAAAACUAGCUGAUCCAAAUUGGGUCCCACACUUUGUUUCGGGGCUUUCCGCAAGCCUCAAAGAAGGCAUGUCGGUAGUAGUAACGGAACGCUUGGUUUAAGGAUACAAAUUAAUGAUUAAUACUAAUUAAUCAUUACACUUAGCAUGAGGAUCUUGAAGAGCUAAAUGUGCAUAUGAAUUAUGAUGAUCAUCAAUAAUUAAUCAUGGUGGCCCUAAUUGCACAUCACAUGCAAUUAGUGUAUGAUAGAAGUAAGACAUGAUUAUUUUAUGUUAGCAAGUUUGGUAUGGCCAAAUUAUUAUAAUGAUUAAGUUUAAUUAAGGUUACUAUGAAGAGAAGCAAUGGUCGCAAAAGGAAUAAUAGGGAGGUUGCAACCAUAAUUUAGUUGUAAUAGUAUUACUAGUAAUACAAAUUAUGUACAUAAAAUUAUACGUAAGAUCGAUCAAGGCCAUUAAUUCCUAUGUUCAAUUUAGUGGAGAGUUAACAUUUACUAAUUAUAUUCAUCCAUGUCUUUUUUUUUAAUGAAAUUAUAAUUAUAUAUUUGAUCUAAA